GGAGACUGACGUAUCCAGCACAGUAGUGCAGAGCUGGGUUGCAACAUCGAUAACAAGCGGCGUUAUACCUCCAAAUCGUCGACUGUGUGCGGUCAAAUACUGGAGGCCGACGGUGUUUGGGCACCCCGCUGGAGCUGGAAGGAAAUGUUUAGUCUUUUCUCCCCUUUUUACUGGAGGAGGGCGUUGCAACAAUAAAACAGUAGGUGACAUGCCAUUCAUUGGUGCGGUCUUUGCCAGAGGAAGAUUAUAAAGAAUGUGACUGGUACACUGGGAUUCUAAAACGAUUUGUCGUUUGGGCUGGAAUAGCUGGACCGUUUUAUAUGCGGAAUCAUUCAGAGGCAAUGCGACAAUGCUCUAUACCGGGUCGGUUAGCGCAGGUGGAUGGCCAACCUGACGCUGAUCAUAUCUGCUCUUCCUCUCGCGUCUGCCGCGCGGCUGUCCUGUGAAGCUGGUCUCGUCGCGAGUUGUGAAAUACGGGGACUCGAGCCAUGCUUCCCGGGGUCGGCGUGUUCGGCACGAGCUUGACCGCGAGGGUAAUUAUCCCCCUUCUGAAGAACGAAGGGUUCGAGGUUAAGGCACUGUGGGGUCGGACUCAGGAGGAAGCCGAGGAGCUGGCCAAGGAAAUGAACGUUCCGUUUUAUACCAAUAGGAUCGACGACGUUUUGCUGCAUCAGGAUGUGGAUUUGGUGUGCAUCAACCUUCCUCCACCUCUAACGCGGCAGAUCGCUGUCAAAACGCUAGGAAUCGGCAAGAACGUGAUCUGCGAUCGCACGGCCACGCCCCUGGACGCCUUCCGCAUGAUGUCGGCCGCCCAGUACUACCCCAAGCUGCUGAGCAUCAUGGGUAACGUGCUGCGCUUCCUCCCGGCCUUCGUGCGGAUGAAGGAGCUGGUGGAGGAGGGCUACGUGGGGGAGCUGCUGGUGUGCGAGGCGCAGGUGCACAGCGGCUCCCUGCUGGGGAAGAAGUACAACUGGAGCUGCGACGACCUGAUGGGGGGCGGCGGCCUGCACUCCGUGGGAAGUUACAUCAUCGACCUGCUCACCUUCCUGACCGGCCAGCGCGCCGCCAAGGUGCACGGCUUCCUGAAAACGUUCGUCAAACAGACGGAUCACAUCCGGGGGAUCCGCCAGAUCACCAGCGACGACUUCUGCACCUUCCAGAUGGUUCUGGAGGGCGGGGCCUGCUGCACGGUCACGCUCAACUUCAAUGUGCCCGGAGAGUUCCGCCAGGAGGUGGUGGUGGUGGGGACGGUGGGGAGGCUGAUGGUGAGGGGCACCGACCUGUACGGCCAGAAGAACAGCGGGGGGGAGGCGGGCGGGGGGGCGGAGCUCCUGCUGAAGGACAGCACCCCCCUGGAGAACGCCUCCCUCCCUGACAAGGCCUUCAGCGACAUCCCAGCUCCCUACCUCACCGGAACAAUCCGCAUGAUGCAGGCGGUGCGUGAGGCCUUCAAGGACCAGGAUGACAGGCGGACCUGGGACGGCCGACCGCUCACCAUGGCCGCCACCUUCGAGGACUGCCUGUACGCGCUGUGCGUGGUGGACGCCAUCAAGACGUCCAAUCAGUGCGGGGAGUGGCAGAGCGUAGCGGUGAUGACGGAGGAGCCGGAGGUUAGCCCCGCCUACCUGAUCAGCGAGGCCAUGCGGCGCAGUCGGAUGUCACUGUACUGCUAGUGCAGCUGCGGUGGCGCCCCCUGGGGGCGGGGAGGCAUAGCGAUGCGAGCAGAGCCGCUGCUUUCACUGACGGCUAUGGAUGCUCUGCCUCCUCAUUGGCUGUUGGCUGGCUGGGUGACCAAUAGGGAGUAUGGAUAGCUUCUAUCCGGCUUCCUGGAACCCUGAGAUCUAAACCGUGAUAGGACCUCGUUCCCCCAGACUUCACGUCCGCUCUUGUGCAUAAACUCUGACCUCUGGUCAGGAUUGCUCACCUUACACUGUGUUCCCGCGGAAACCAACACCGCUGCUGUCGAAUCCAUUCUAUGCCUGGGACGUGAUUUAAAAAUGUUCUCUGCUGGAAAGAAAAAGUGAAUGUUUUGUCGAAUCAUACAGUGCUCUCGGAGGACUCUGUGUCUGUGGGUUAUGCAUCUGUCGGGAACCAUGGAGCGAAAUAGUGGAGAGAGAGAGAAGAAAAUCAAUAGUUUGGCUGUUAGGGCUUUUAGAGGUGGUCUUCCCUCUGCAAAGUCGGCAAUAAAUCCUCCCCAGAUCCUCCCUGGAGGUCAGCCCUGAUGCUGCCUGCCCUGAGGCCACGCCUGUCUGCAUCUCCCCUGGAGGACCCUGUGUAGUACUGCUAUGUCCAUAUGCAAUCAGACCAGACCGUGUCCCAGAGCCCGGUCUCUCUAGCCCGCGGCGGGCCACCAGCCUCUGACAUGUGUAGCAUGCUAACGUGUGGAUAAGGGCACAGGCACGGUCUGUGUCGAUGCUACGCUGCCCUAGCCUCUUCUAUGCUACGCUGUCCUAGCCUCUGCUAUGCUGCCCUAGCCUCUUCUAUGCUAUGCUGUCCUAGCCUCUUCUAUGCUACGCUGUCCUAGCCUCUGCUAUGCUACGCUUUGAGUCAAAACUCAGCUUUUAAUCGUCCUGGUUUUCAGUUCCAAGUGUGGAUAGGGGGUUGUUUGGGGUAGUGGAGGGGUAUGAGGGAUGGCAGGAAACAGAUGAUCAGGGUGACUGGACCACAGCAAGCUUGUAGACGUACUGGAAGACCUAAAUGCUGUACUGUAGGGUAUCAUCCUUGUUCAUUAAGCAGAUGUUUUUAAUCCAAGGCGACUUUAAAAAGUGGGAUUUGAACCUGUGACCUCUUGAUCUGCUGAUCAAUGCCACUGAGCUACACCCCUCCCUCGUCUAAUCUUCCAUGUCUUGCAGCGGCGUUAGCGGGGAGAGACUAGGCGGUCUGAGAUGUGUGUUUGACCAGAUGAUCGGUCUUAGAGAUCAAGGAGUCAAAGGAAAACCAAAUCACGAUGCAUCUGACCAAUUUAAGACAAACUUAAGAAAGAAAUCACUGGAAAACAAUCGUUUGAAAACCCUAGUUGAGGGUUUUCUCAGUUUCGCAUCCAGUCAAUCCAGAAGAGAUGCUGAUGAGUACUGUAGCACUGACCUUCAAGCCAAAAGAUGGAAUUAUUUGUUCUCAUAACUCUUCUGUCUCUGGUUGCUGAGACGUCUGCAUCUACUCCAUAGUCUUGUAAAUAUAUCCCAGAACAUGAUGUUGGGUUUGUCAUGUGUUGUAUUCUUUUAUUUUUCAUAAAACUACUUGUGAAAAGAAACUUGAUUUUGAUACACACACUGAUUAUAAAAGUAUUUAUUUAGUAUUUUCUUUUGGACUGAUGUGUGCUAUGUUUGGAGGGGUGUGUUUCAGUGGGAAGUGAAAGGCGAAAGUAUGUUCCCUCAAGAACGACGACCUUUAAAAAAAUCUCUUCAGACACGCCGAAAUGAAUACUUUAAACAAAGUAUGUCAGUGUCAAUAUGCAGUGGUCCAGUGUUAGACACAACUUUCUUUUUAUGUGUUUAGCUUGAUAAACAUUUUACAAUCAAGUACCUACUGAUAAGCUCAGCUUUCAUGCCACGGCUGUAGACAUGCAGUCUGAUAUUCACAGAUAUCGCUUGCAGUGUUUAGCGUGUUACACAAUGUGGUCUUCAGGUUGUUAGCUGUCUCCCUUAAUGACGACACAGGUAUGAACUCAGAAAACACCUUCUCACAAUCAGACUGAACAUGAGGUAAUAAACCCAAGAUUUACCUACAGUGAUAUCUCACUAAGACCUGUUGUCGUAAGAGCUUAUCACUAUUGUAGACUUUCCCC